AAGUGGCGCCAAUCCGACCAUCUCUCUCGCACACUCCUUUGUUUAGAUCCGUCGCCAGGCGAAGCCAGUUUCGAGGUUGGCCGCCUCCAUCAUUUCCAUGUCGGUUCCCUUGUCCUGUCCCGGAUUUCGUGAUUAUUUCCAAACCAACGUGAGUGUCUUAUUUUCUUUAACGAUUUAAUAUUUAUCCCCGAUCGUUUGCGACUCAUCCAUGUGACUAGAGAGAAUCGCCGAAAAUUCCUCGCCUCAGACCUUGCAGAACGUGAACUUGAACGUAAGUUAGCGUCUCCACGCCUCGCGGCCCAUGUGCUCCUUCCUUUGUCCGAUUUCGGCCGGCGUAACGUGGUAUGUUCAGUUGGAAUGAAGUUCUUUUGGAAUUCCUGAAUUCUUUUUGGCCAGGUAUAUCCGCUGAAGGUUUCCUCUCGGUUUUUCAGUUUUUUGAUCAAUUUCGUAGUAAUGCGUGUUCCCAUCACACCCUCGAGGAUUUGAAGUCUGGCCACGAUGCGCCGAUCUCGUAUGCCACCGACAUUCAUUGUUAUGGUCAUUUGAGUACCCACUGCAGAGGAUGUCACCCCCUUGGUAAAGGCCGGCUUUUCGCGUACUUGGUAAACGUUGGCUCGUCUCUCUCAUUAAAUGCUGGCUUGUUACCUAAUCGAUCCUGGCUCUGGCGAUUGAAGAUGGAUUACUCUCUUCUCCAAAAACUAGAUUGCAAGCAAGGAGCUAUUCGAGCUGUCCGGUUUAAUGUCGAUGGAGAGUACUGCCUAACUUGUGGCUCAGACAAGAAAAUCAAACUUUGGAAUCCUCAUCGAGGGGUUCAUUUGAAAACUUACAGUGGCCACGGAAACGAUGUUCUGGAUGUCUGUGGGUCAUGUGACAGUGAUCGAAUCAUUUCUGCAGGGGCAGACAAGUCAGUAAUUUUGUGGGAUGUGGCCACCGGUCAGCCGAUUCGGAGAUUCAGAGGGCACACAGGGCGUGUCCAUUGUGUCAGUUUCAAUGAGGAGUCGACGAUGGCCUGCUCAGGCUCACUAGAUAACAGCGUCAUAUUGUGGGAUAUUAAAUCAAACCGGUAUGAUCCUGUUCAGGUUCUAAAAGAAGCCAAAGACUGCAUCACUAAAGUAGUUGUGACGGACCAUGAAAUUAUCACAGCUUCUCUUGACUGCAGAAUCCGUCGUUAUGACAUCCGGAUGUGUCAGAUUUUCUGCGACUUUGUCGGUGAGCCAAUUACAAGCGCAACUCUGACACGAGAUAGUCAAUGUUAUCUUAUUAGUUGUACAGACUCUGUUAUCCGUUUGUUAGAGAAAGACUCGGGCGAGCUAUUAUCGGAGUAUCAAGGACACAGCACUAAAGAUUUUUCUAUUGAGAGCUGUCUUGACCAAUCGGACACCUAUGUAUUAUCCGGUUCUACUGAUGGCAAUGUUUACUGUUGGGACUUGGUCAGUAGUGCAGUUACAACUAAAUACAACCACGGUCAAAGUCUUGUGGUCAGCUCAAUAAUUUGUCACCCUACAAAAUCACAGUUUCUCUCAGCUGCAGGUCAGACCAUCUCUCUUUGGGGCAAGAAAGAUUCAGAAGACUCCGAAGAUUGAUGUAUUGAGAAGGGAUUCUGAAGUAAACAGUUUAUUUAUUUUGUAAAAAUUUCAGAUAUUUUGCAUUUACAAUGAAGUUAAAUCACUAAAAACUCCAAGCAAUGAUAGUAAUUGGGUUUUUUAGGAGGGCUGGAAUGUAACCAUUUCUCUUUGUGAAGUACACUGAUUGCAGACUGCUCUGCUGCACAGUGCCAGGUGUCAAGUAAGGACCUAAGUCACCGUAGUCACUGCCGUGCCGUUCACAAACUUAAAUUCCAUUAAUUAAUACUAUAAUACUACUUAAUUCCCUUUAAUGGUUCAGUUUUUUUGUCACUUACUGCAAUAGAUUUCAUGAGUCAUAAUAUUAUGCACACAAUAUCCCUGACUUUGUAUUUUCUAGUCAAAAAACACCUUUUUUAUGAUGAAUUUCUUUGACAAUUACAUCAACAUUUGUAUUUUUCUCACAAUAAAUCUGCAAUUUUGUGCACAAACCAAAA